CAUGCGCACACGGCAAUAUUUGAGUUUCAUUCAUAGACAAAAGCUGCGGUAUUCAGGUUGUCUUUGUUGAUUAAGACUUUAAUACCUGCAUUCUUCAUUAUUUCUGACCCAAGCCGCCGUGACCCAAUUUUAAAGUGCAGGGGACAUACAAUGAAGAAGCGCUUUGUAGACGCCAGCAGGCUAAGGAAAAUGAAAAGGACUAAAAUAACGGAGAGGCUUUCGGAAAGUGCUUUUACUUUUCUGAAAUUCAUGAUAAUUUGGAUUCUGGUUCUCCUGGCAGAUUUUAUUCUAGAGUUCAGAUUCGAAUAUCUGUGGUCCUGCUGGCUUUUCUUUGGGAGUGUUUACACCUUUUUCCACUGCCAUGGGCUGGUUAUCUGUGUGGUGUUCGUAUGUGCAGCUUUCACUCUCGAUGUAUUUUUUUUAAUUUUUGUACCUCUACACUGGCUGUUCUUUGCUGCCAGCACGUAUGUAUUGUUCAAUUACAUAUGGCAUACAGAGAAAGGACUGUGUUUGUCUACAGUGUCUCUGUGGCUACUACUUGUGUAUAUUGAAGGAUCUCUCAGGUUUAAAGAUCUUAAAAAUUCUCAUGUGAAUCUGUCUCAUCUUUUUGCAGCUCAUUGCAUUGGUUACCCGAUAGUUUAUUUUGGAUUUGACGCCUCCUGUUACUUCACCAGUGUUGUUAAACUGCGAAUACAAAAGGCGGUUCGCAAUGAAAACGACUUCUAUGCGCAGCUCCUGCAACAGUCUCUACCUCCAGGCUUGCAGUUUUAUCCAAGAUGUGUAACAGAUGGCAAGGAAACUUCUAAGUGGAAGACAAAAUUCGAGUUUACGCAAUACCAGUAUCGAAAUGGUGCUGCAGCUACAGACGAUAAAUACUCGCUAGACUGUCUGCAGAUAGAGGGCAAGGAGAAGAGGGAAGCAGAAUAUGCGAAACCCAGUGAUCAGAACGCCCAGCCUCCCGAUCCCAAAGCCGGCGAAAAUGAGCACAAGCAGAGCUCGCCGAACAGGACGGCGAUAUCCGAGUCCUGCGGGAGUUCGGAAUGUCUACCUCAAGAGGACUUGGAAGCUAAAGCCCCAAAGACUUCGAAAAGCUCUUCGCCCAAAGUGCGCAGGACUCCCGGCAACAGCACUAUGCCUAUUAUCAAAGGAGAGAAGAAGCAAAGAAGCACCACCAAAAAUACCAGUCCCACCAGAGAGACGGGCAAGCAGAACAUUUCCAAUAAUCACAACAUUUACUUAGAGCAGAUCGUCAGAUUAGAGCAGGAGCUCAAGAAGUUGAAAGGAGAACUUCAGAGUAGUAAGCAGAACGAGCAGGAACUUCGCAGCCACUACUGCAACCUCACCAACAGCGAACGAAGCCUUCGUCCAGAAAUUGGCCUGCUUCGUCAGGAAAAUGAUUUACUGCAAAAUAAAAUCCUCUGUAUAAUGAAGUCCAAGCAGAGGGACAAACAAAUGUGUGCAUUGCUCGAGAAAAAGAUAAAGGCAGAGAUGGAAGCUCGGACGAUUAUCGAGAAGCAGCUGUCUGAAAUGCGAACCCGGAAACACGACGAGUCCUCUGUAAUACCUCAGGGUGCUCUGCUAUCCACAAACAGGCAGGAACACACAGAGACCCUAAAGAAAAAAGCUAAAGAGCUAGAGACAGAGUACAAACAACUACAGCUGGAAUUCCAGGGGAAAGAGGGUCAAAUUAUAGCUCUAGAAAAUGAAGUGGAGGGGCUUCAUAAAUAUAAAGGUAUUGAGCAGGACGCUGACAUGCUUCUGACAGCGCUCUCAGCUAUGCAGGAUAAGACCCAGCAUCUAGAAUACAACCUAAGUGCCGAAACCAGGAUAAAACUGGACCUUUUCUCUGCCCUUGGAGAUGCCCGGCGCCAGUUAGAAAUAGCCCAAGGAAAAAUACUGAAGCAGGAUCAAGAAAUUGGGGAAAUGAAACAGAAGAUUGCUGAAGUCAUGGCUGUCAUGCCUGGGAUCACAUAUGCUGUUCCACAUCCAAUUACACCUCAGUACUUAACAAAGUUUCUCAAUUCAGAGAAUUACAUGCUUGAUCCCAGUGCAUUGAUGUACCAGUGUCUUAAGAAAUGAAUACCCUACAGCGCCAUCAUAGAAAAGGACACCUUUCCUGGAAUGUGUUUUGAAAAGCCACUAGAGUCUUUGUGAACUUGGAAAACCGUCAGUCUCAAAGACACAGAGCAAGAAUGGCGAAUACUGCAAAUGUGAAUGUUUCAUGGACAUGGGUCACAUUGCUGCCUGAAAGGAGCUGAAAGUCUUUUCAAACUUAAGAUCUAGGAUUUCAGAUUUAGGGUAAAGAUCCAGUAUUUUGCUACAGUAAGUCAGCAUGUAAGACAAACAAAGUUUGCUAGUGCUGCAGUACUAAUGCCAGAACAGCAAUAAUGAUGUUCCCAUCACUAUCACUAAGAGCCAGCUUAAACAAUAACUCAAAGAGCAAGAAAGCUCAAAAUAAUAUUCAGAGCAUACCGUGUGUAUUCAUGGAUGUAUUCAUAAAACAUCGGACCACUCUCGCUGUAUACUCUUAAUAGGUUUAGUUCACCAAGCUUUUAGUGUUCUACCAAACAAGGGAAAAGUUCCAUCUUAACCUGCCUUUGUUCAACAAUAUUUCCUAAAACAUAAAAAUGCUCUUUUUAUGUAUGAGAAAACAAUUCUAAUCAUACAAAAAUUAAAAAUAACUAUUAUUUUGGGCACCUAUGCUCUAUGGUUAGGAAUGCGUUUUUUUCAUGAUCAAAUCUUCUAAUUAAAAACAUUAUGCUUUUAUAUAAGCCUGGUUGCAGUGGGUGGUACCACUAUAUGUUAAUGUAGUAACCAAUACCCAUUUGAUUCAUGAACAUGAGUACAGUUUUUUAUACUGUAAUUGUCAGGAUUGAUCAAGAAAAGGGAGCACAUCUUUCCUUAUUCCAUUUGUUGUCAGAAUGUUUUAGAACUACACUUGUAAACUGUAUAGUUGCGUAUCACUAGGGGCUAAAAGUGACAAGUAUCUUGACACUAACUUCGAACACUACACAGCUGACAGAUCUGGGCCAUCGAGCUUCUGUGUAUCUGUGUUGUGGGGGCUGAGGCAGGGAGGGGGAGUUUGUCUUAAUUUUAAAAACAGCCGUCUUUUGGGUAAAUUCAGCAGUCACUGAACUACAGGUUUAAUUUGAUACAUUUUAAAUGAUGGUGUCAGUUCUUUGCUGUGAUAUUGACAGGUUUUGUAGACAGUUUUAUGUAGUCAUGCCCCCUAUCAUGUUUGAUUAUAGGCACUGUGUACUGUAGCUAGAGACAAUUACUUAUAGAGUUAAUCUAUAACAUCUUAUAGAUGUUAUGUCAAUUAUAUUAACUUUAUAAUUGACAUAACAUGUUGACGAUUUGAUUUCUUCUGCAUUGCUUGUUAAAAUGAACAAAAAAAGGUGUGAACUUCUUAGAUGAUAAUUCUUACUUCAGUCAUUCAAGUUGAUCAAAAUAUCCCAGGGCCCGAGAAAAAUAAUAUAAUUCUAAAAAAAUAAGAUCACUACAUUAUUGGCCAGAUACUAUACAGUAUGAAGUUUAAUUAGUGUUACAAACACAAAGUUCAAAUUCAGGUAUAUACAAUUUUGGUUAAACAUUGUUAUUCUCUGCUAAUGCUGAACCAAGGUAUUUUAUAUUGAGAUUACUUAAUCUGGAGAAUUCUCAGGUUAAUUUCAAGAGCUCAUCUUGAAAGAUGCUUUAUUUUUCAACUGGUUGACCUAAUUGACAUUCUGUUUACAGUACAUGGAAGUCCAUACAUGAUGUUUGUUUACAUACAAUCAUGGGUCAAAGGUUUACACACCCUCUGAAGAAAAAAAAUAAUAUGUGACAUUUAUUAAUAAUCUCAAGUGGACCAAUGAAUUAUACAGUAACAAGAAAAAAAGGCACUAAUAAAAAUUGAUUUAUUAUGUGUGUUGAAUAAAAAUUGGUCAGAGUAACAUAUAGCAAACAUGUACUGUAUGUGUUCAUAUUACAUGUUAUGUGUAAGUGUGCUCAAGCAGAUUGUAAAAGUAUGUUAUUAGAUAACAUGGUUUCAGUACAUGUUCCACCUGAUGUAGAAUGUUUAUUUGAGGUGUUUUGUAUUGUUUCACUAAAAGUUAGAAACACAUUUUACUUGACAAGCAGGCUAGAUAUAGAUACUGUAGAUACUGUACCAACUGCAAAUAAAGCAGUGCAGUAUAUUUUGGGAGAUACAGUAUAUGGUAGCUGUUCCUUUAAUGCAAUUAGUUCAAAACUCAAACAAGGCAUCUUAAAUAUUUUAAUUAAAAUAAAAAAAACUGUCACAAUGAUUGUUUUUUUAGCAAAAUCCAUUAAUUACCAUUUUAGUCUUAAAGUAUGUCUUGGCGUAACUGAAAAAUGUAACUGCUCUGUUAUGCAUAUUUUUUCAUACAGUACCAGUUCAUUGCACUGGCUGUCAGAGUUUUUUAAAACUGUCCUUAUAUGUGGAAUGGAUGUUAGUACACAGUGAAGGAGCCGAUAUCAAACAGGCACAAGAAAGAUGGAAAUUAAGGAUAGGAACUGAGUGCUUUAUGAUCAACUUUGCAACUUUCAAAACACAAAACUCUGUCCCUCAUUCUAUGAAUGAAGACUGUUGCAGCUUAUUUUGAAGUUUAGGUUUUGAAGACCUUUUCAUUUAGUUUUUACCAAAAAAAAUGUUUUUGGUAAAAACAAAAUCCCGGGCUCCCAAAUUCACAAACCCUUACCAGAAACACAAAUCGGUUUUAUAGAGGCCCAAGAUUUAAUCCAGGCUGUAUUACUCAUGUACUGUGGCUAGGAGUCUCCAGUGGGGUACUAAAUUGAUGCUGCUGGCUCUUAGUAGUACAGAGUCAAAAUAAGAAUUCUGUGCUUGCUCUCCAGUAACAAUUGCUGAGGUUGUCUUGGCAGUAUUCCUGGGACCAGUGUCUGUCCUCUGGCUGGCUAUUAAUACCCAAUGUUUCCUUAGGUGGAAAUAAAACUUCUUCCUUGGAGUGUGUAUACUGUGGUUUGUAAAGUUGGUUUUGGAAAAAAAUGAAUAAAAAAUGAUUUACUCAUUUUUGGAAAACAACAAGUAACACCUGAGGUUUAUUAAGACACAAGGAGAAGUGAUGUUAUUCUAAUAAUACAGUAGUGCUAAUAAAUUAUUGCCAAAAUACCCAUAUAUCCAGAGUAUUUCAGUGGUUUAUACAAUAGUUAAUCUGCCUUUUGAACAAAGGAAACAGAGAAUACAUGCAUUUUUUCUGUGGGUAAAUUGUUUAGUGGUUCUUAUAUGUAUGUUGCACAUCAGAAAUAUUUGGUGAAAUUAUUUAUUUGUAUUUAAAUCAAAUGUAGUUAUGAAUAUUUUUGUUUAAAUGAAAGCCAGAAUUUCUGACGUGGGAUCAAUCACUUUCUGUUUCUUGGGGACUUAUUGUGAUUAAAUAUGACCAAAAGCAUGCUUCAAUCAUUAUUACUAUAUUUAUUUGUUAAAUUACUUGUGAAAAUGUCAUAGACAGUCUUUCUUGCAUCUAUAUAAUUUCAUACACAACUGGUAACAAAAAAGAUUUUUUUGUAUUUAUUGAAAUGUAGUUAUAUCUUUGAACAUAAGUGCUCAAUACUGUUUUACAGUAACUUUGAUACUUUAAGAGAUUUUGUACACUUUUCUUUGUAGUAUCAGUGUAUUUAUAAAAACUUGUUGAAAAUAUUAUAGUAAUGACUUUGUGGACAUUUUACUUUUUUAUUUAAGAUUAUUGCUUGUUUGUGUGUUUGUUAUUUUUUUUUAUCCAAUGCUGAACAAGUACAGUUGCUUUUGUAAAGAAAAAUAUUUUUCAGGCUUGAUUAAAAAAAAAAAACUUGUACGACAUUUUGUAAAAAAAAGUUUGAUUUUACUUUGUUUCUCAUUGUCUGCAUGCUAACAUACGUGGGUGAAUAAUGUUGUUUAAUUUGGGCCCUUUAAAAAUGUUGUUUUUACCUGAUCUGAUGCAGAGCAAUAUGAAAACUAAUCUCUGAUUUCAGGUAAUGUCUAAUUUUAGUGAGGAAAAGAAGAUGGUAAUCAAUCUAAGGGCUUCUUUGUUUACGACAUUUAUG